ACUAAAUGUGAGAGGGACUCAGACAACUAUAACAUCUCGCUCUGCAAUAAGAAUUCUUGAUGGAGUUAGACUGCUUCAUUAAGUAGGUUGCCUUAAAUAUAUUAGACUUUAUCAUGUUGUAAUAUUUAAUCUAAUGAGCCCCGAUGGAGAAUAUUUGAAGGACGACUCCUCAGCAUCUCCAGCCACAGGACAGCGCCUCGGUCAGACAAAGACUUGGAGACGUAUUAUCUUUCAGUGAUGGCUAUCAACACGGACGCAGCCUUUGGGAAAAGCGCCCUUGGUGAGAGGGAAGUUUCCAAUCCCACCAACUUCCAGGACACGGAGAAGCUCCUGAGCACCGGGAACACCGAGCCCUCCGGGCAGAGCAACAUCAAACCGUCCGACUCCUUCUCCCUCAACAUCAGAGGCAGCGUCCGGUCCCUGGAUGCGGACCAGAACGGGCACAGAUCCCCGCUGAAGUCGGGCUCCAUCGGGCAUCUGGUGCCCCCUCCCAAGUCCCUGUCCCGGCUCAGCCUGGGCCCGUUGGCCUCCCCGGUGCCGCCGGGGUCCGCACCCCCGACCUACUUCUGGCUCGCCGUGCUGUCCUGUUUCUGCCCCGCCCCGCCGCUAAACAUAUGUGCCUUGUGGUAUGCACAUGUGUCGCAUUCUGUUCUCCAUACAGGAGAUUUAGAAGGAGCAAGGAAGUAUGGGCGCCUGUCUAUGCUGCUCAGCUGUCUGGCGAUACUGCUGGGUGUGGCUGUCAUCAUCCUCAUAGCGGUUACAAUAGAGCACCAGAAUUAAACUGUGGGAUGGACGGAGUCACAUUUAACUUCAUCUGAUCUCACAUUUGCACAGAAGAGUGGAGGAGGAAGAACGUUUUGAAAAAAUUGAAAAAGCACAAAAUCUGUUGAAAACAAGCUGAAGAGACUCUUAUGUAAAACAUAUUGCUUUUUCUGCUAUGGACGAGAGAAAGAAGAAGGAAAGAAGUCACAGGCUGUUUCUCUUUUUCCGGCAACACUCAUGUCUCAUCAUAAGUAACCCACAAACUCAGGAACAAAGUGAGGAAAACGAGCGCUGCACACAGUUAGUGUUGUCGGAUCAUCAGACUGCACAUGCUGUGGAGAAAGUGUAACUGCUCCUAGUCCAAACUACUGGUGCACUGAAGUACUUUAUAACUGCAUUUGCUUAUUAAAAAAAGGAAUUGUUAAAUAAGACUAAAGAAGAAGAUACCAUCAUCAUUAACAAAAGUAACACAUAAGAGUUAUAUGCAAUGUAAAGAUAAAAAAAAACACCCUCUUGAGGUCAAAACAAAAGGCAUCAGUGCACCUCUAGUUUGUAACUGCCUGCCCUGUUUUUCUUAACAUUGGCAACAAAGUACGGACCAACUGUGGGAGGAUGUAUAUACUGAUUUCAUACACUGUUUACAUGCAACUAAUGUACCCGUUAACGCCCUGCUGCAGCCAUAGUGUGAUACCUUGCUUUGCGUGCUACAAUAUACUGCAAGAUAUGAAUGGGGCUGCUCUCCCUGUAUGCACUGUUAUUGGCACUCUGAUGUUUAUACAUUUAUACUGUAUGACUGGUUAACUGUGCAUGUC